AUGGCUUCCAGAUCUCCCACGGCGGUUACUCCACUGCCGAAACCAACCUCUGCGCCCGAGACCCCCUUGAAAGAGACAACGACGACAACGGCACCACAAGCAGUACCAUUUCCUCCACCGCAAACAUUUGACAUCAUCCCGCCGUUGCACGGUCUUCUUAUUCGUCUACUCUCUCCCCAGACGAAUACCGAGGACUCUUCGGGCAGCGCAAGAGCGGGUGGAGAUACGACAGGAGUGACUGGCCCUGGGCCAUCAUCAUCUGCUCCAACUCAGUCUCAGUCUCAACAACAACAACAAUCAUCUGGCGGCAAUGGGAACAAUGGAUCUUCACAUGCUGUUCCUUCAUCUUCAGCACCGGGCCCUACUUCCGUGACGGCCGAAAUCGCUGCCUUGGGCUCGAACGCUCCUCCGCCGCUGGAUAUCAAAGACCUUCCCACAGAAGCCAGCUCGAUAAAAAUUCGGAUACAAAAGGCACACAAUGUGGUAUCAAACUUGCCAGAUGUGGAACGUUCCGUUGCUGAGCAAGAAACGGAGAUUGAAGAGCUUGAAGACCGUAUCGCAAGACUGCAGUCUGUUAUUUCCGACUUUGGGAAGAGGGCCGGUGCGGAGGGCUCUAAAAGGACAAUAAUGGAUCAACCUUGA